CUGUUUUCUUAAAGUCAGCUGCUAGUGUCUGUUUGCAAAAAGUACAACUCAGGCAAAAUACAUUUAUGCGGUGCUUGCUUUAAUAACUUAAUCCUACAGUCUGAAAAGUCGCAUUUAAAAUGUUAACAGUCAGUCGAACAGUUUUUGGAACACUGCAACCUGGCUUGUUUUCGUUGAGAAUUGCAGUGGGUUACAGAGAGGUAAAAAGCAGUAAUGUUGUUCGAUGUCUGUCUCUUUUUACAAAGCGCUGUCAACUGAAGGAUGUGCAAGGGACUGCAAUGCUGAAAAACAACUUUGUACAAAAAGGACUAUUGGACAGGUUUGGGGGAGUCACUGUCCAGCUCAGUGAGCAGGAUUUUCCAGCCGACCUAAAUAUAACAACAUUUGAGGGACUUUUGAAAGAUUCACUAAAGCAGUGGAGGGCAGAUGGCAAAGUGGCUGUGUGGUUGCGUAUACCAAUCCUCCACAGCAGGUUUAUACCUGUUGCAGCCUCACAAGGCUUUGCCUUUCACCAUGCCGAGCAUGACUGCUCCACACUCACCCUGUGGCUGGGAGAGGGGCCUAGCAGGUUACCAGGAUUUGCUACACACCAAGUGGGAGUUGCAGGUGCUGUUCUAGAUGAAGCAACGGGUAAAGUGCUUGUAGUGCAAGAUAAGAACAAGACUACAAAUGCCUGGAAGUUCCCAGGAGGUCUGUCUGAUCCAGGUGAAAAUAUAGGAAACACAGCUGUCCGGGAAGUUUUUGAAGAGACUGGCAUACAGUCAGAGUUCCAGUCCCUCUUGAGCAUAAGACAGCAGCAUAACCACCCGGGGGCUUUUGGCAAGUCAGACAUGUACAUUAUCUGUCGCCUUAAGCCAUUGUCAUUUGACAUUAACUUCUGUCGUCAGGAGUGUCUCAGCUGUGAAUGGAUGGAUGUAGCUGAACUGGCCAGGACUAACCACACAACUCCCAUUACUAGCAGGGUAGCCAAACUCUUGCUGUAUGGACACAAGGAGGGCUUUGAUAAAAUUGAUCUUGCAGUUAAAGAAAUCCCAGCUGUUUAUAAAGGGUUAUUCUAUCAACUCUAUCACAAGGAGUUACCAGAGAUGUAUGAAAAUAUAUGUUGAUAAACAAUGAGUGAGUGAAAUGGUACAAUUAAUGCAUUUUAAAAGCAUGUAUUUCCAAUAUAAACAGUAUUUAUGAACUUUUCCAACAUAAUGAUCCUAACUACUGUUAUCAGG